CGCUACAUUUUGUGCUAAGCUUUCCGUAGGGGUAGUUCUACCAGUCAUGAGGCGUUACGUGUUUGCCCUACUUUUAGUCGCGUCGGCGCGGGCGAUGCCUGCGGUCGAGAGCGAGAAUGAUCCAGGCCUCAUGGGACGCGUUUUGGGAGCAGUGAAGGAGUGUGUUGACGGAGAUGUUACCUUGUGUUUGAAGGAGAAAGCGUUGAAGUUCACGGAGAGUUUUACUGCGCGGGAGAUGAGUUUGGCUGAUGGGGUGACCUUGCUGGGAACUGGGUCUCCGAGGUCUGCUAGGGCUCUGGAGCCAUUGUCUGAGGAGCCUAAGGCCAGGGAAGCCCAGGUGGAGUCCAGGCUGGUCGACUCCGCAGCUGACUUCCUGGAGAACCAUGUCAUCCAGUUCAAACUGCCCACAUCAGCCGUCGAGGGAAUGAAGAGGUCACUUGAAGAAGCUCGUGGCAAGAAAAAGAAGAUCAAGCAGCUCAUCCCUCUCUUCGCUUUGGCCAAGUUGAAGAUCACCGCUCUCAUUCCUUUGUUCCUUGGCAUCAUCGCCUUCGCCGCCACCAAAGCCCUGCUCUUGGCCAAGGUCUCCCUCCUUGUUGCCGGUAUCAUUGCCCUCAAGAAACUCUUGGCCAGCAAACACCAUGAAACCAGCUAUGAAGUUGUCGCUCAUCCACACCACGAAGAACACUUCGCUAGCAGUGGCCAUGGGUGGGGCAGAUCAAUCGAUGACGCCCAAAACCUAGCGUACGCUGGCCAUAUCAAAUCUGAUUAAGCUUUUGCUUUAACACAUUGAGGGGCAACCCAAGGGUGUAUUUUAAGUCCCUCUUUGUAUAACGUGUAAAAUAGUCACAAUAUCGUGUCUACGAAUGUGUAUAUUGAUUUUAUUUAUUACUAGUUAAGGUUUAAUUUAUUUCGUAACUUAUUCUGCGACCCUUUGUAAGGGAUGAACGAAAUCUUGUUGUUGUUAUCCAAAAAGUGUUCCAAGUUUGUAUGAUUCCUCGUGUAUGUUAUUAGUAUACUAUAUUAGUAUUUUUUUUCACACCCUAUACGGUAUCCGUAUUUGUGUAUUUUGGUUAAAAAAACUCUUUAGUUUCUACUUGUUAUGUGUUUAACUGUUUUAAGUAUGUUUUUAUAC